UACCACCGUCGUGAGAAACAUGAAUACCGCCAGUUACAGUCAGCGCUGUGACACACACACACAUAACACACACACACAACAAUAAACAUCGUGACGCGCAUAUAGCCUGUCGUUAGAGGUCACCUACGAAGACCAGCACGACACACGAGAGGGUGGAUGGCCACCACAACGCCCAUUCGCCUUAAAGGCAAAUACAGCCGCCACCACCAGCGUGACACACACAUGCCACUCGCCCCGUCACACACAUACCAACCACCACCACCGGCGUUGUGCUAUCAUCUACAAUUAGCUACAUGCCAUUAACUCGUACUUACAGUGAAGAUCCAUAACUCAACAGGGCUCCAGGCCAUCACAUCUUAACAACUCCAUACGAUCGUCUGGCGCUAGCUCUUUACUUGGGCCAUCGUCAUGCCAUCUUCAACUGCCUACCUUCAUUCAACUUCAUAUCACCUCAUACAGAUAUCUUCAUGUCACUACCACUCCCAACUUGACACAGCGCCAAUGGUACCACCAUGCUGUCUUUCUGUACUCUCACACAGCCUCAUACCACCAUCUGCAGUCAUGUAUUCUUUUCUCAGCGUAGGUGAAACCAUACUGUACUUGGAAUUGCAUUAUUUUCACUCUUUGGUCAGUGUAAUAUUCAUAAUGAAGACAACGUGUUCUAACCCAACGUUGUUUUUGCUUAUAAUUUGCUUUGAGUUGUGCAGCUACUUACAUGAAAAUGCAACAGUUAUCCAGAGGCAUUGGAGAGGGUACGGGGACCGGAAGGUGUUUCGGGCCAUCGUUAAGGAAGCUGUUCUCAAGAUGAAGUUGGCUUUUUUUAAUGCGAUGGCUGUAAAGAUCCAGAAAAUAUGGCGUGGCUACUACGUUCGGAAAUAUGUGCACAAUUACUAUGCUCUGAGGAACUAUCUUGAUGGGCUUGCUAUAAAGCAUGAGAUCAUCAGGAAUGAGCUGGAUGAAUAUGCAGCCGUCCAGUCACAAGAUCGGCAAUUCCUUGCCCUGCAAACGGCUGAGCAGCAGAGCGACUACCAAGCACGGAAGACGCACUACUUGCUCAGCACCCACCAGAUUGCUGGGAUCUAUAACUCGCCGUUCCUACCGUGCCCCAUGGAGAUGGAGUACCGGCUGUUACAGGCGAGGCCACUGAGCCACAGGAAGCCCUUGGCUAUGAUGGAAGAGAGCGCUGGGAUGGAAAAAUCGACACUAACCCCGCAUCCGCCACGGACGCUGCCGCCCAUCUGUGCUCCAAAACCACAGGGCCCGUUUAAAGAUCCUGCGGUGGUUUGGAGGCAGCGCCAGAAGCCACUCGAGCCAUCGGUGCGUGUGGCGACACCCUUUGUGUGCCUGGAAGAGGCCCCCAAAGUCCUCCGCAGGGAAGAGUGGAGGAAGCAUGCCACCGACACCCAAUUCUUGCCCGCCGUCAGUGCUCACAAGAACAGAAAGUACGAGCCACUUCUCCACACGUCCUCGGACUACGGCCACAUCCCUUAUGGUAGCAAGCAUUUCCGGGAUGAGCAGCCUAACAAGAUCAUCUCCAAUAAAGCGUACCAAACCGUCUUUCCACCAAUCCCCAUCUUCGAGAAGCUGGGGAAGACCUACUCCCAGGGACAGGAGGUUUGAGGCAUGCGAAUGGAGCUGUUCCUUGGAGAACUAGAAAUGCAGAUGAAACGGAAAAAAAUACAACAACAAAAACAUCGUUUAACAAGUGUGCGGUGAUUUGGGAAUUGCUAUUUUUAAAUGAAAGAAGAUGUUACAUUUCUAACAGCCUAUUUGUACUAAAACAGGAAGAGCCUUUCAGGUAAAUGAGAUUACAUUCACAGGCACUUCAGUGAUUAAGAUGCAUCAUAGGAUAAGUGAUAAGUAAAAAAAACAACUUGCUUUGUCUUUGCUGUUGUAUCUUUGACAUUACCACUAUGGGAGGAAGGUUGCAUUGCUGGUGAUAAUGAUAAAGCUGUAAUAAGCUUUACUUGAAAAUAAUCUGUAAACUGUUCUUGUUUAAUACUAAUGGGACCUUAAAAUGUUGCUACCUCAACGUUUACACAUUUUACUAAUCUAAUACAUAGAAAAUUGGAUAUUUGGUCACUCACCCUUGCUUGUUUGUAUGUAGCACACUGGCAAUACUGAUUUAUGAACAUUAACAGCCAUGUUAAAUGCCUAAAUUUAACUCAAACAAAUGUGGCUCCCUACCUUAUUUGUCUUUUAGUUUGAAUUUAAUUACUUAAAAUGUAAUUUUAAUUUACAGUAAACAUUCCAAUUUUAGUUUUUUUCUUUUUGCGUUGUGAUCUGAAUUUCUCACAAACCAGAAAAAACAUUUAUUGAGCCAAACUGUGCUUGUGCAAAUUAAAACAUGGGGUGGUUCAAGCAUGUAGGCCAGUACAAAAACAUACGACACUUCCUAAUUGAAACCAGGUCACGUGCAUACGAGGCACUUUCCGCUGCUGAAGAGAAAUCAAUGGUGGGUUGUUUCAGGAAGCUUCCCAGCUGUCUGACAAACAAUCCUGCUUUUUUUUCUAACUCGUGGGCCUGUAGAGAACUUGUAAUUCCCGAUGAUGCAACAGACAUCACAGUCAGAUAUAGACAGUUUACAAAUAACUGUCUGGUCACACGCUCACAGCAGAUUGCGUCUGUGGUCUGGUGUCUGGGUCGCUCUGCCCGCUUGCCCAGGGUGUGUCUGUUGUCGGACCUGUUUACUGACUGUUUGCUGCCACACAGUGGCGACAUUCCGUCUGCUGGGUAUCGACGCGACAACACGCCGCUAAAACAUCUCGAUGCAGUGCCCAUCUGGCAGUCUACAGUUGGGAAAAUAAAAAUAGGAAAUAAAUAAAGUUUCGUGCAUUUGCACAACAUGAA